GAUAACUAAAAUAACACAACAUCAUAUCCUUUUAAGAUAUUCAAACCAUGAAAUCAUCACAUGCAUCUCUCGUCUGCAUACUAUUGUUUUCUCUAUUGGCUCUACAUCAAUGUGCGAGGAUAGGAAGAUCAAACAAAGUGGAUAUGUCUGCAUGCUUCCUUGGCGACUGCAACAAUGUUUUCGAAGGCGGCUGUUAUUGCUGCCCCAAAACGCCAGCUCUUUGUUGGGCUGAAAAAGAUUACUGCACCACUUAUUGUCAAUCUCAAAGCUAAAACCCUUUGAUAUAGUACUCAUCUACAUCUACAUGUUCCAUUUUUAGAUAUACAUCUAUUGUCAUUUGUGUUCGCAUCUGUUUAACGAUGAGAAUAAGAGUAUUCCAUAUUACACAUACUACUGGACCCAAGUCACAUGACCCGAUCUUGAGGUUUAAAGAUCUUGUAAUCGUUACUAUAUAUGUACGGAUACUUCGUUUACAAGUAAUAUACAAUAAGAUUCGUAUU